CCGUGAUGUGUUGUGUUCUAGGAGCUCUGUUAGGAGACAUGGGGAACUCAAACGGAGCGUGCCCGAGUCCAGUCCCUAAUGGCUACAUCAGUGCCAGGGCCUCCCCGGGCCUGCUCUCCGUCUCCAACGGCAACAGCCUGGGGAAAGUAGUCCCGGCUAAGUCUCCGCCUCCGCACAGCCCUCAGAUGGUCAACAGCCGCAAGCCGGACCUGAGGGUCAUCACCUCGCAGAGCGGCAAGAGCCUCAUGCAGCUGACAGAGGAAGAGCUGGAGUUGAAUGCUCAGCGGCUAGGUGGCUCCCAGGUGGUGCAGUCACUCACCACGCCAGUGGUCUCCGUGGCAACACCCAGUCUCCUGGCGCCCUUCUCUGGCAUGCAGACGGCCUACAACACUGAGUACCAGCUGACGAGCGCUGAUCUCACGGCGCUCCAGACGUUCACGCCGCCAGGGCUGGUGCCUGGCAACAUGGCUGCCUGGCAACAGCAACAGCAACCCACAGUCUCCCAGCAACAGCAGCAGCAACAGCAGCAACAGCAGCAGCAACAGCAGCAACAGUCCCAGCAGCUGAGCCUGGCGUCGCUCAGUAACUUGGUCAUGUGGGGUGCAGAGAAACAGAAUGCAGAGAUGGUUAACUGCAUCUCCAAUUUUGCUGCUAACCUGAGCUUGGCCUCUCAGUCCAACUUGCUCUUUGGCAGGGAGGACGGCCUCUGCUGGCCGGUGGGUCAUAUACCUCAGGGCGCCGCGCUGACCGUCAACACAAACCCCAACAUCAACAUAAAGUCUGAACCCGUCUCCCCAAACCGCGACCGCAGCACCCCUAGCUCCACCUGCGGCACCGGGGGAGGGGGAGGCGGGGGCGGAGGCGGACAGGGACAAGGUCUGGUGUCAGUGGCCUACCCUGGAACCCUGCAUCUGGAAGCGGGCGGCCAAGGCCGCUCGCCGGUCAACAGCCUCAGCAGCAACGGCAGCUCGUACGAGGGCAGCGACCGGGACGACGGCGCCCAGGGGCGAGGCGGCGGAGUUCCGGACUUCAUCCACCAGGCCGGCGCCGGGGGCCAGCAGCCCACCAUGGUCCUCCUGCGGCCCUCGUCGGCCGAGCCCCAGGAGCAGGACGGGACCAACGUCAAGAGGAUGAGACUGGAUACCUGGGUCACAUGAAGAGACGAGCAGAGAGGGACGGACGGACGGACGGACGGACGGACGGACGGACGGACAGAUGGAGGAUGGAGAUGGAGAUGUGUACUUGUGGCUUGUGUACAUGCCCCCGUCAGCCCUAAUGCCCCUCAAUCUCCUUCUUCGUGCAUUCACACACACACACACACACACACAUAUAUAUAUAUAUAUAUAUAUAUAUAUACCCGCCAUCGACCCAGUUACCUUCUGUCCAAACAGGAAACGCUGACCUCACACACACACACACACACGUACGCACAGACACACCACGAGCAUGCUAACACACUGUCAUGUCAUCGCACAUGUGGAUACUGACACACUUGUAUGGCAAUGUGCAUACACAUUUGAACUCUAAUGUACUCACAGACACACACACACACACACACACA